AAUGACAGUGGUGUGUUGUUGGUUGUCUAACGGUUUCGAAUAUAACCUUUAUCUGUUAUGUACAUACAUAUUUACAAAUCUCAUCAUAAUUUUUAAUAUUUAUUUUAUGUGCUUUUUCAGGGCUGUGGCUUCUGGCUUGUAGUUAUAAACAUUGGUCUUAUUGCUAAAUAUAUUACCUUUGAAUAUAUAAAACAUCUCACAGGUCGUAGAUAAAAUGUUUGUUUAAUACUUGUGAUAAUAAAACGUAUUCUUCCCAAAAGGCGUUGAAUAAACAUUACAGACUAUUUCAUAAUAUUAUUUUUAAAGAAGUGCUAUACGAGUGUCAUCAGUGCAAUAAAACUUUUCCGUCCAAAAGAAAACUGCAAGAGCCUCACAGCAAGAAUCACAAAACGUUUCCUAUCCCAGGCACAACAUUUCAAUGUGAUAGAUGUGAUAAACUGUAUGCAUCAAAAAAGUAUUUGAAAAUACAAAUACAUUCUCUUGGCAAAUAUGAAUGCCAUACAUGUGGAUCUAUUUUUGACACAAAAAAUGAAAUAUGUGAUCAUAUAAAAUUACAUAAUAUAUGUAGGAACCUGUUAUGCCCAUUCAAUGAGUGCCAAGAAUCUUAUAACAGAUACAAACAUCUUGGUAGUCAUAUCUCAGAUUAUCAUAAUUUACAUCUGAUAACUGAAACAUAUACAUUCAGUACUAAUGAAGGUAAUAAAGUUUUUCUGAUUUUUUUUUUGUAAGUACUUAAAAGCUGUUAGGUACAUCAACAUUUUCUCUUUGAACUUGGUCUAGCCAAAUACAUUAAUAGCAGCCUUUUUCAAUUGUUUUCAGAAUUCAAUAAAUGGCGUUCUGCAAAAGAACAAGAACUGAAAGCAAAAUAUAUUUUGUCUACCAGUGAAAAAAAAAUUAAAGGAGGGUGUAAGAACAUAUUAUAUUUGUCAUAGAUCUCAAGCUCCACAGAUAACAGAAACCCCUAAAAGAAAUGCGAAAUCUAUGGGAACAAAUAAAAUUGGACGUACAUGUCCAUCUACUAUGAUUGUUACAAGUAACCAAGAAUGCAUAUCAGUUGUUUUCUUUCCUGUACAUGUUGGUCAUUAUAAUGAACUAGGGCGUUUAAGAAUUGAUGAGACAGACAGGAUUAAAAUAGCAGGUAAAUUGUCUCAAGGGAUCCCAAUAGGCAGAGUGAUAUUAGAGAAAGUGCACCCAGUGGAGAGAGUUCACUUGAUUGAAAAAAAGGACCUUACCAACAUUGUACGAGAUUUUUCAAUUGGAUACACUAUCAAAAGGCACAAAAAUGAUGCAGUCAGUGUACAAUUAUGGGUCAAAGCCAUGCAAUUAUUGGAAAACAACCCAGUUUUAUUUUAUAAAAACAGUGAAGAAGAUGAUGAGGGAGUGUUUGAUAAAAAUGAUUUUGUUUUAAUAAUAAUGACAGAAUUUCAGAAAAAGUCACUUAUUUCAUUUUGUCAAGACAAAAUCUGCAUUGAUGGCACUCACGUUUAAACCAGUAUGGAUUUCAAUUAUACACAAUUGUUAUUGUUGAAGAAUAUGGUUCUGGGGUACCAGCAGCAUUUUGUUUUUCAAACAGAUCUGAUGAAACACUCUUUCAACAUUUUUUUCAAUGUAUUAAAGAUAGUGUUGGAUUAUUGUCACCAAAUGUUUUUAUGUCAGAUGACUAUAAUGCAUUUUACAAUGCAUGGAAAUCAGUUAUGAGCGAAGUACCUAAUAGACUGGGUACAAAAUUCUGGAAAAAUAUUAGAUAAGAAUAAAAGAUCUCACAGAAAAUGUGUUGGAAGUCCUCAUCUCACUAAUUAUUGAUUCUAUUGAAAAAGGUAAAUUUCCAGAGUGCCUAAAAAUAGCCAUCAUUAUUCCUCUUCAUAAGGGUAGUGAAAUAUCUAAUACCUACAAUUAGAGACCUAUUGCACUACUACUGGUACCCUCCAAAAUUAUUGAGAGACUCAUAAAAUCCCGACUUACGUCCUUUCUCGUUGAAAACAACAUAUUAUCACAAAAUCAGUUCGGCUUUUUAAAUAAUAAAUGCACCACUGAUGCCAUGUUUUCUGUACUACAUGAGGUUUAUCAAACUGAACAAUAAUCUUCACAUUGCCACAGUUUUUUGUGACUAUGCCAAAGCUUUUGACUGUAAAUUACAUUUUGAUAAAAAAACUAAAUUUCUACGGAAUUCGAGGUAUUUCUUUAAAUUGGUUCCAAUCUUACUUGGAUGAUAGGAAACAACUGGUUAGAACAAAUGGUACAGACUCUAGUCUCAAAAACAUUGUAUGUGGGGUACCUCAAGGUUCAGUAUUGGGUCCUCUACUUUUCCUGAUCUUUAUUAAUGACAUCACUAGUUUAAAAAUCAAAGGAAAAAUCUUUCUUUUUGCUGAUGAUACCAGUAUAACUUGGAGCAACUCAAAUAUUGCAACUCUUCAUGCUACUAUAACUUUUGAUCUACUUACAAUAAAAACCCGGUCUGACUCUAAUUUACUCUCCUUUAACGUAGAUAAAACAGUAGCAUUAGAUAUCAUAUAUACAAUAGCAAAACAACUCAGGAGCUCUUCAACCCUUACCUCUUAAUAACAGCCAGAUCAGUACCGUUGAUUCUGUAAAAUUUCUUGUUAUUUUUACAGAAUCAUACAUUUAAGGACAGCAUCCUUAAAUGGUCCCUUCAUAUCGAUUUGUUAAGGAAGAAACUAUCUUCAGCUUACUAUGCUAUAAGAUCUGUUUCGAAUAAACUCAAUUUAGCCUAGACAAAAGCCUACCUAUCUGAAAGACCAUAUUAUUCAGUAGAAGAUUUUCUUAAUCAAUAACUAAAAAAUUACAGUACCCUUGGCACAAGUAGUAUUUUUAUUAUUUUAUUAUCUAUGUUUGAGUGUCGUAUGCAGCAGCUUAACUUUUAAACUUAUUAAUUACUAGGUAGACUAUGAAAUUUGCAAUUGAUUCUUUCUGUUUAACUUCAUUAUUAGUACAUAUUAUUUUUUAAUUACAUUGAUGAUUUAUGUAAUUUUAGUAAAUUUAAUUGUUGUUGUUUUGUUUUCUUGACUUUUUAUAAGCUUUGUCGAUAAAAUUGUACAAUUUUUCAUGACAAUAAGAGCCCACGCAGACUGCAGACUUUUUAGUCUGCUUCUUAAUCAGUACAGAGAGGUAUGCAGAUGCGCACACUACACCGAUUCACUGAUGCAUAUCUCUCUGUACUGAUUAAGAAGCCGACUAAAAGUCUGCAGUCUGCGCGGGCUCUAAAGCAUAUUUCUCUCUCUCUCUCCUCUAUAAGUAAGUGUAAUGUUGUAAAUUAUUGUAACCUGUGUGUAAUAAAUGUCUAACAAUUAAAAAA